AUGUUCUGCUGCGGCAGGUCGUCGCUCGCCGAGGUCAGGUCAGAAAAAGCACACGCAACACAAGAGGCUGAAGCCCGCCAUGCACGUGUCGCAUCAGUGCUCAGUCCGCCGCCACGAGCCUACGUGGCAGAUCGACCUCUGUCGUGCGUCGAAGAUCGAGAGGCUCCUCCGCCCUACUGUGCAGCACAGUCGCCACCCAAUCCAUACUCUAGCCCGUCCGGUAUGAACUACCAGCAGAAAGACGAGAAGCAGGCGUUGGCCGCGGCUACUGAAUCGACCACAACCCAAACUUCUAGUACAGCCCAUCAGCUACUUUCACCUCGUGAUAAUUUUGCAUUCUCGGAUACUUCAUCGAUCAUCUCGAUACCUUCGACCCAAGUGACUGGUCUCGAUUCUGUCUACACAGGUCGAUAUGUUCGCCGGCACAGCAACGAUCGGAUGAGUGACGACUACAGCACACGGCCUCCAUCCUACUACGCGAGAUCCAUCGAUAGACGCAGCUCGGUCUCUAGCACCGCCACGGCUGCCCGUUUUGUGCUCCAUCCGGUGAUGAGGGAGGAAUGGCUGGAUAGCCUAGACUCACAAUCCCGGAACAUGCAUGACACUUGA